UGAAAAUGAAGUACCUACCUCUACAGGGCAUCAUACAUUUGAUACCUACUAAUCGUAUAGAUACAAUGUCGCCGAUUCUAAUACUGGCAGGUGUGUGCCUGUUUAUUUACUUCGUGCUAAUUAGACCUUUCCAAUUUUGGACGAAUAGGGGAGUGAUCCAGUUCAGCGUUGGGAAGUUGUGGGUGGACAGGGCGAAGAUGAUUGUGCAGGCGAAUCCGAUGGCGGAAAACUUGAAGAAGUCGUACGAUGGUUUUCCAGGUGCCAGAUUUGCCGGCUUGUACCAGCUAGCGAGACCGAUAUUGGUAAUCAGGGACCCUGAACUGAUCAAACAGAUCACCGUUAAGGACUUCGAUUACUUCAUCGACCAUAGCCCACUCGUGCCCAAAGACUGUGAACCUUUAUGGGAAAAAAAUCUGCUUAACCUUAAAGGUGAGAGUUGGAAGGAGAUGCGAGCGACGCUAAGUCCAUCGUUUACCAGCAGUAAAAUGAAAGCCAUGUUUAAUUUAAUGACGGAAUGUGCUGAGAGGUUUGUAAAUUACUUCAGAGUUGAAGGUUCGGAGGACACGGUUACGGUGGAAUUGAAGGACACUUUCACGCGAUUUACUAACGACGUUAUCGCGUCCGUGUCAUUUGGAAUGGAUUGCGAUUCCCUAAAAGAGCGAGAGAACGAAUUCUAUCGAAUGGUUAAGGAGGCGGCGAACUUCAGCUUCAGCGGAUUAUGCAAUAACAUGAAGUUCGUCAUAAUGUUGUUAUCACCAAAGUUGGCGACUUUUUUUGGACUACAUCUAUUUAGCAAUAAAGUUAGUACCUUCUUUCGAAACCUUGUGACUGGUAACAUGGCCGAACGCGAAAGGAAUGGAAUUGUGCGACCUGACAUGAUUCACCUUCUCAUGGAGGCGAGAAAAGGACGACUGAAGCAUGAACGGUCGAACGAGAUUAUCGACUCAGGAUUCGCCGCCAUUGAAGAAUCCGAAAUUGGAAAGGACGAGAAUAGGCAAAAAUUAGAGUUGAGUGACGAUGAUGUGACCGCCCAGUCUAUGAUUUUCUUCUUUGCCGGAUUUGAGACGGUUUCCACUUUGAUGUGUUUUACCGCAUACGAGCUUGCAGUUAAUCCGUAUAUACAAGAAAGGUUACGAGAGGAAGUCGACAACGUUUUGAAGGAUGGAAACGGGAUCCUAACGCAUGAAGGGUUGAUGAAAAUGGAGUACAUGGAUAUGGUGAUAUCGGAAGUUUUACGCAAGUGGCCACCCGCCGUGGGAACUGAUCGAAUGUGCGUCAAACCGUACACGAUUCAUCCUGAAAGAGAGGGGGAGAAACCGGUUCAUCUGAAAAAGGGAGACGUUGUUUUUAUGAUUAUGUACGGAAUACAACGGGACGAGAAGUACUUCCCCGAUCCAGAUCGUUUCGAUCCUGAAAGGUUUAGCAAAGAAAAUCGAAAGAACAUCACACCUUACAGCUACAUGCCGUUCGGCGCUGGACCGCGCAGCUGCAUUGCAAACAGAUUCGCUCUACUUGAAACUAAAUUGCUAAUUUUUAACGUUUUGAGGUACUUCGAAAUAGUCGUUGUCAAAAAAUCGGUAGUUCCAAUUAAACUGUCACGAAAACAGUUGAAUCUAAAUGCCGAGGGAGGGUUUUGGUUUGGACUGAAACCUCGAAAGGUUUAUUACUGAACUACCAAUAGAGUAAGUGUAAAUGGUAUAUAGAUGCAGAAUAAAGUAUUCAUCAUAUUGUA